GUGGGUGGGACUAUAAUCUGCAGGUGACUUCAGAGUGGACCACUGAAACAGUAUUUAAGUGCUAAAAUGUUGCAAAAUAUAAUUAAUCUGACAGUAAAAGACGUGAGGUUUCCGACGUCUUUGGAGCAGCACGGCUCAGAUGCGAUGCACACAGACCCGGAUUACUCAGCCGCGUACGUGGUCCUGGAUACGGACGACGGGCUGAAAGGUUUCGGCCUCGCCUUCACUUUGGGGAAAGGAACCGAGAUCGUGGUGUGUGCCGUCCAGGCUCUGGCUGGACUGGUUGUUGGAAAAUCCUUGCAAGACAUCGUGCGCAACUUCCGGGGGUUUUAUCGCCUGCUGACUAGUGACGGCCAAAUGAGAUGGUUGGGCCCAGAGAAAGGAGUGAUCCACAUGGCCACUGCUGCAGUCCUGAACGCUGUGUGGGACCUGUGGGCUCGGGCGGAGGGCAAGCCUCUGUGGAAGCUGCUUGUCGACAUGGAUCCGAAACAGAUCGUCUCGUGCAUUGACUUUAGAUACAUCAGCGAUGUCCUGACAGAAGAGGAAGCCAUCGACAUACUUAUGAAAGCAAAGGAGGGAAAGCAGCAGAGAGAAGAUCAGAUGCUGAGGGAGGGUUAUCCUGCAUACACCACCUCCUGUGCAUGGCUUGGAUACUCAGACCAACAGCUUAAACAGCUUUGCGCAGAUGCUCUUCAAAAUGGUUGGAGCAGGUUUAAGGUGAAGGUUGGCGCUGACCUAGAGGAUGAUAUUCGGAGGUGUCGUCUCAUCAGACAGAUUAUUGGACCCAGUAACACAUUGAUGAUUGAUGCAAACCAGAGAUGGGAUGUAGCCGAGGCCAUCAGUUGGGUGACCAGACUGGCUGAGGUCAAACCUCUGUGGAUCGAGGAGCCCACAUCUCCGGACGACAUCCUGGGUCAUGCAGCAAUUUCUAAGGCUUUGGCUCCACUUGGGAUUGGAGUGGCUUCAGGCGAGCAGUGUCACAACAGGGUGAUGUUCAAACAGUUCCUGCAGGCUUCAGCGCUGCAGUUUGUUCAAAUAGACAGCUGUCGGUUGGGCAGCGUCAAUGAGAACCUGGCUGUGCUGCUGAUGGCUCACAAAUUCAAAGUGCCUGUUUGUCCUCACGCCGGAGGGGUCGGUCUGUGUGAGCUCGUCCAGCAUCUCAUCCUGUUUGACUACAUCUGUGUGUCGGCGGAUCUCAGCAGCCGAAUGUGUGAAUAUGUUGACCACCUCCACGAGCACUUCACCAGUCCUGUGGUCAUAGAAAACGCCCACUACAUUCCCCCGAAGGAUCCAGGCUAUUCCUGUGAGAUGCUGGAGUCAUCAGUGAAGAGACACGAGUUCCCUGGAGGAGACGUUUGGAAACUACAAAUCAAGAAAUAAACACUUCAUCUUCAA